AUGGACGCAACAGAAACGAAUUCGAAAGCUGCAUCUGACGAGGGUGACGUGAACAAGAAUGUUCAAUUUCGAGCGCCCCUUUUGGAUUAUGGAUACCCACCCGCCGUUAAGGAACUUCGCAACGGAAGCUUGUCUCAAAAGCCAAUUCUCCUUUAUCUUCCUGGAUUUGAUGGGACCUACAUUUGUCCCUUUUUGCAGUUUCCAGAACUUUCCACCGAAUUUGAUGUUUGGUGCAUGGUGGUUGGGAUGGACGAUCGAUCGACCUUUGAGGAGCUGAAGCAGAAUGUUUUGGACUUUAUUGCCACCAAGCUAGGUAGCGAUUCCGAUGAUAGUCGGCGGCCACUCUACUUGGCAGGAGAAUCUUUUGGAGGAAUUCUAGCAUCUGAGGUCGCAAACGAGCUCUUGUCUGAUCCAUCGGGAGCAUCAUCGCCUUUGGGCGGCUUGGUCUUGAUCAACCCAGCAACUUGCUAUUCUCGUUCAGCACUCCAAGCUCGAGGACCGGACGUAACAAAGUUACCAGCUUAUCAAUAUAUAUUUGGACUCCUUCAGCUGCUGCCUCUAUUUACGGACGAACACUCUGUAGCUCAACUCUUGUUGAUACUAACAGCCGACGGCUUGCCAAGUGUCAUUGAUACUCCCGCCCGAGAAGCGUACAUGGGACGAGUGGCAAUUUCUCUACCGUCCCAACUCGAAUAUAUGCCUCAAGGAACCCUGGACUGGCGACUUCACGCUUGGCUUUCUGCGGGAUGUCAACAAACUGAAACGAGAACAUUGACAGAAUUGGCAGAGAAACUAAGGACAACAAACACUCCUACGUUGAUUGUCGCCGGAGAGAAGGACGAGACCUUGCCUUCCGUGGAUGAGGCAGACCGAUUGGCCGAACUGUUUCCUAACAGCCACGUCCAUGUUGUGGAAGGAGCUGGACAUGCUUCGACUUGUGGCAGUCGAGUCGACUUGGCGGCAGAGAUGCGAUCCCAUUUUGUUGCAUUGCAAUCGUCAUUGUUAUCCUCUGUACCAAGAAUAGCCAUGAAACCCGAGGCGGCCAAGGGCAAGAACGAAUACUUUGGCAUGACGGAGCGAUACGAUCAAGCAGACAUAGGAUUGAAUCCACUCUUGUAUUGGAACAAGGACAACCACCAAUCGACUACCAAAGAAACGAGAACAUCCAGGAACGGCGCCUACAGUUGGACGGUUUACCAACCCAAGAACAAAUGA